UUUCAAGGAUAUUUGAGCGCAAAGAACACAUUUUUUGGUGUGGAUUUUAAGUACAAGGGCUAUCUAUCACCCGGACUGACUGACGCUGUAGCCCACAUGAUUUACCUGAGUGGCUGAAGACUCAAGGAAUAAGUAAAAAUGGAUCAGGACAUGUUUGGAGGAGCCCCCAGGUUUCUCACCCGGCCAAAGGCUUUUUCUGUGUGUGCUGGCAAGGACGCCACACUCAGCUGCACUAUUGUGGGCAGCCCGACCCCACUGAUCACCUGGGAGAAGGACAAGCUGAAGCUGACAUCUGGGGGCCGCUUUAAAACUGUGGAGGAUGGAGAUGUAUACCGACUGACCAUCUAUGACUUAACACUGGAGGAUAGUGGUGUUUACAUGUGUCGGGCCAAAAACAAUGUCGGGGAAGCUUAUGCAGCUGUAACCCUCAAAGUUGCUCUGCCAGCUGAAAUGGCUCAAAGGGCCCCUGUUUUUAUGGUUAAGCCUACCUCUGUACGUGUUGGUUUGGGAGGUGAUGCUGUUUUCCACUGCAGGGUUGCAGCUCACCCUGAGGCCAACUUCGAUUGGGAGAAGGAUGGGCGCUACUUGGGAGAGACAAAUCGUAUCAAGAUUGUUUCCGACAGUGACAGUAGCACCUUAAAGAUCCAGAGUGUACGUAACCUGGACAGUGGCACCUACACCUGUAGGGCGCAGAACACUGUGGGCCGUGCACAUGCUGCAGCAGCUCUUGUCGUAGACACCCAGGAUUCCCGCCACCUGGCUGUAGACAAGAACACGUCACUCCUCUCUCACCUCCAAAAACGCAAAGAGGAAAUGAAGAAAGACAUAGCUGUCUAUCGCACUGAGGAGAGCAGCUCCUCGGUUUCUACCUCUUCUGCGACUAAUAUCACUGAUGGGUUGAGUCUGGAACAUAAGCUCAGGGCAUCUAUGCUGGCAAAGCUUCCCAAAGGUGUAUUCACUCGUACCUGUACAGUGACUGAGGGCAAACACGCCAAACUCAGUUGCUUUGUGACAGGCCACCCCAAACCUCAUAUUAUCUGGAGGAAGGAUGGAGCAAACAUCAGUGAGGGCCGCAGGCACGUCAUCUAUGAGGAUCAAGCUGAGAAUUUCAUCCUCAAGAUCCUCUACUGCAAGCAGAGUGACAACGGUCUGUACACGUGCAAUGCAACCAAUAUGGCUGGGCAGACUUACAGCGCUGUGUUGGUUACAGUCAAAGAGCCUAAGGUGCCAUUCAAGAGGAAGCUGCAAGAUGUGGAGGUACAAGAGAAAGCCUCAGCCACAAUGAUGUGUGAAGUGCCUCUCGUUGCCACUCAAGCUAACUGGUUCAUGGAGGAAACAAAGCUUGAGCAAAAUACGAAGUAUCACAUGGAGGAAGAAGGCACCCUGCGUCGUCUCACCAUACACAACGUUACCACCAAUGACGAUGGUGUUUAUAUCUGUGAGAUGAAUGAAGGCAGUCGUACUGUGGCUGAGCUCACUGUCCUGGGUAACAUUACUAAGAAGCUUCCGAGAAGGACAGUGGUUCCAGUCAGUGACACUGUCAUCUUCUGUGUCGAGCUGGAGCGUCCUUGCCCAGAGGCAUACUGGACUCGCAAUGGCGAGAAGCUGAAGCAGGAUUCCCGUAUCUCCAUUGCCUUUGUGCUCAGACAGUACACUCUGACGAUAAGAGAUUGUCAGGCAGAUGACUCAGGAGAAGUGGCCUUUGUGGCUGGUGACUGCAAGACUUCCACUCGAUUCACUGUCACUGCUGCAAGGAAGCACCCUCCUGAUCCCCCAGUCGAUGCUGUGGUGCAAAACAAGACUGACUCAUCCAUCACCAUUCAGUGGUCUCCACCUGACAGUGACCGCCCUGUGCCCAUCAAAGGUUACUUUGUGGAAAGAAGGAAGGUUGGCACUCAAACAUGGCAGAGGUGCAAUGCUGGAGAAGCAGUUAUUUCAACAGAGAUCACUGUCUCCGGCUUCACAGAGGAGGCCAGUUACCAGUUCCGUAUCUCUGCUGUCAAUGACUUUGGCCAGAGUCCGCACCUGGAGGUGCCUGGAAGCUUCUACCUUGAACCCACUGCAGAAAUCAAGAAAGGUCUCAUGAAUAGCAUUGCAGUUUGUGGUGAGGAGUUCUCCAUCACUGUGGAGCUGUCUUCCGUUUGUUCUGGCUUCUGGUCUCUAAAUGGCCGCCUCCUGCGCAGUGGAGGAGACUAUCUAAUCACCCGGUCCAAGAACAUACACACUCUACUCAUCCGUGUUGUGACAAUGGAAAUGAAUGGAGUUGAACUCAAGUUUGUGGGUGGAGGAUCCCAAAGUACUUGCACCUUGAGUGUUAAAGCCCCCUCUGUUAGGUUCACUAACAAGUCAGCCCAGCAGGAGGUGGUGACCUGCAGCGCUCAAGCCACUGCUCAGCUUACUGCGGAGGUGUCAGAUUACGACACUCAGGUGGUCUGGAUGAGGAAUGGGCGAGAGAUAAAAAUAGGAAAGAAGUAUGAAUAUCUGAUUAUUGACCGCAAAAGGAUCCUAGUCGUACACAAUGUCACAGAGGAGGAUGUGGGCAUCUAUGAGUGUGUUUUAGCUGAUGACAAAAUGUCCCUUCAGCUUGCUUUGAAAGAUGAACCUGCUAAGUUCCUGAACAAGCCCAGAGGUCCCAUGGGAAUGGCAUCAUCCCUCAAAGGAGGUCUUGAGCUGAAGUGUGAGGUGUCUCCUGCCAGUGCGGUUGUUGUGUGGAAAAAAGAUCAAGUGGAGAUUACUGAGGACCAAAGAACUACCAUUAUCUCCAACGGGACUCAAAGAAAACUCAUCAUCAAGAGUGCCAAGAAGAAUGAUGAAGGACAUUACUCCUGUGAGACAGCAGCAGACAAAGUCACAUUCCAGGUUAAGAUAAAAGAAACUCAAGCCCAAGCUGCCUUCUCCAGCAAGGAGUUAGUCCAAAAGGAGGUGAAAGCUACCCUCUCUCAGAAAGCCACUCUUAGUUGCACUGUGUCUGACAGCAAGACAGAAGUGAAAUGGUACAAAGAUGGAAAGCUGCUGGUCAACAGCAAGACGAUAUACUCAGAAGUAAAAGGCAAUACUCGUCAGCUGGUGAUUGAAAAGGUGGAGAAAAGUGAUGCUGGAGAAUAUAUCUGUGAAGCUGGAGGGGAUAAGCUGGUCUUCAAGAUACUAAUUAUAGAGUCCCAGUCAUCUUUCUUCAACAAAGAGUCUGUCCAGAAGGAAGUGAAAGCCACUCUGUCCCAAAAAGCUACUCUGAGCUGUGAAGUGUCUGACUCCAACACACAGGUGAAAUGGUACAAGGAUAGCAAACUGAUAACUUCCUCCAAGACUAUUCAUACUGAGACAAAAGGAAAGAGUCGACAGCUGGUGAUCGACAGCGUGGAGAAGAAGGAUGCAGGAGAGUAUGUCUGUGAAGCUGGGACUGAGAAGCUGGUCUUCAAACUGCAGGUGGCCGACGUCCAGAUCCAGUCUGCUUUCUUCAACAAGGAGUCUGUCCAGAAGGAGGUUAAAGCAGUUCUGUCUCAGAAAGCUACCCUUACCUGUGAGGUAGCUGAUACCAAGACAGAGGUAAAAUGGUACAAAGAUGGCAAACUGCUGACGUCGAGCAAGACAAUACACGCAGAGUCAAAGGGCAAGAGCCGCCAGCUUGUCAUAGACAAAGUGGAGAAGAAAGAUGCAGGAGAGUACAUCUGUGAAGCUGGGAAUGAGAAACUGGCCUUUAAAGUACAUGUUGAUGGUACUUCCACUGAAGUCCCAGCUAAAUCCGCUUUCCUCAACAAAGAGUCUGUCCAGAAGGAAGUUAAAGCGACACUGUCCCAGAAAGCCACACUGAGCUGUGAGGUAGCUGAUGCCAAGACAGAGGUGAAAUGGUACAAGGAUGGCAAACUGCUGACUUCUAGUAGGACAAUCCACACAGAGUCAAAAGGAAAAAGUCGCCAAGUGGUGAUAGACAGUGUUGAGAAGAAGGAUGCUGGAGAGUACAUAUGUGAGGUUGGAACUGAGAAGCUGAUAUUUAAGAUACAAGUGGCAGAAGUAUCAACUGCUUUCUCCAACAAAGAAUCGGUCCAGAAGGAGGUGAAAGCCUCGCUGUCUCAAAAAGCGACUCUGAGCUGUGACGUUUCAGAUUCUAAAACCGAGGUUAAAUGGUACAAGGAUGGCAAACUCCUGACUUCCAGCAAAGCAGUGCACAUGGAAUCAAAGGGCAAGAGUCGUGAGUUGGUGAUUGAAAAAAUGGAGAAAAAGGAUGCAGGUGAAUACACCUGUGAGGCUGGAACAGAGAAGCUGGUAUUUAAGCUGCAGGUGACAGAUGUGGCAGUCAAGUUCCAGAAGAAGUCUGUUAAGGACACAUUAACUGUUCAAGCAAGUGAAAACAUUGUUUUGACCACUGAGCUGAACACAGAGAGUGGUAACGUCAAGUGGUUUAGAGAUGGUGUGGAGCUCAAGGAGAGCACCAAGUACCAAAUGAAAAAAGAUGGUCUGUCACGAACCCUGAUGGUAAAAUCCAGCGAGGCCAAAGACAGUGGAACAUAUACCUGUCAAACCUCUGAUGACAAAUUGGAGUUUAAGGUUCAGGUUAAAGACUCAGCUCUGAAGUUUGUUGCCCCUUUGAAAUCAGCUUCAGUAGAGUUGGGUGGUACACUCAGUCUUGUUUGUGAGCUAAAUCAAGCCACAGGGGAUGUUACCUGGCAUCAUAAUGGUUCUGAGAUUAAGCCAGGCGACAGGCACUCUGUCAGGACAGAAGGUGCAAAGCGAUUCCUCACAGUGACUGGUAUGACAAAGGAGGAUGGGGGAGAAUACAGCUGCGAAUGUAAAAACGACAAGACAUCUGCUAAAGUUUCUACAAAAGCACCCAGACUAGUGAGGCUGACCGCCAAACUGAACAAUGUGGCUGCGAUGGAGAGAAAAGAUGCCAUCUUUAAGUGUGCUGUCACCCCAGCCGAUGUCAGCGUUAAAUGGCUCCACAACAAUAUACCCGUCACAGCUGGACCUAAGUAUAAGAUUGAGCAUGGAGGCGGCAGCCACUCACUCACCAUCACCUCUGUCACCCAAAAAGAUGCUGGAGAGAUUAGUGUUGAUGCAGAAGGCAAAAGUUGCAAAGCUACUCUGCAAGUCGAGCAUGAACCUGUGAUGUUUAAGAAGAAGCUUGAAAACCUUACAGUGGAGGAGCAGAGUGAAGUGAAGUUAGAGGUGGAGCUCAGCAAGGCAUCAGAUGAAGUCAAGUGGAUGAAGAACAGUGUAGUGCUGCAGCCCUCUGGAAACAUGCAGAUUCGUGUAGACGGAGCUAAACAGACACUGAUCUUCAAGAAUGUGACUCAUGCAGACCGUGGCAUCUACUCCUGUGAAACUCUGGAUGACAAGACCCAGGCCAAGCUCAAUGUUGAGAUGAAAAAGAUUAAUGUAAUAAAGGGACUAACAGAAACCAAGGCCCAUGAGACAGAGACAGUAACUCUAGAGGUGGAGCUCAGUCAGGCUGAUGUUGAGGGCUCCUGGACCAGAGAUGGGGCCAAGAUAAAGUCAGGGCCCAACUGCCGCAUCACCGCUCUGGAAAAGAAGCAUGUUCUCACUUUGUCUAAUCUCAAGAGAGAGGAUGCAGGAACUAUUGCCUUCCAAGCAGAGGGGGUCCAUACUUCUGCCAAACUUAUUGUCACAGAACCCCCAGCCAUGAUUUCCAGACCUAUUAUGGACAUCACUGUUCCUGAGAAGGAGAAAGCUACUUUUGAAUGUGAAGUGUCCCUAACAAAUGCAGAUGUUAAGUGGUUCAAGGAUGAUGUGGAACUGAAACCAGGAAAAAACAUUUCCAUCCAUUCACUGGGCCGAAAGCGCACUUUGGUCAUCAACAAAUGCACCUUUGAAAAUGCAGGCAGUUACAUCUGUCGCACAGCCGAUGAUAACACUGCUGCCAAGCUCAGUGUUCAUGCCCGAGAAGUUAAGAUAGUUAAGAAGCUGGUGGAUGUGGAGGUGAUGGAGAAGGAGACAGCUUCAUUUUCCUGUGAGAUCUCACAUGAAGAAGUUGACUGCCAGUGGUACAAAGGAAGCACCAAACUCAAAGCUAGUGACAACAUUAAGAUGAGACAAGAGGGAAAGACCUAUGUGCUGAUUUUCAAGUCUGUUUCCAUAGAAGAUAUGGGUGAGAUUAAAUUCACAGCAGAGAAAGCCUCUUCAACUGCAAAACUUAAAGUGAAAGAGCUCCCUGUGAAGUUUGUGAAGAAACUCAGGGAUAAGAUAGCGAUGUAUAAGCACCGUGGUCAUCUUGAAUGUCAAGUGUCACGCACUAGUGCAAAGGUGAAGUGGUACAAGAACAAGACGGAGCUCAAACCCAGCAAGAAGUAUGAGAUCAAAAGUGAAGACGUGUACAGAAAACUCACCAUCAAUGAUGUGGACUCAGGGGAUGAAGACAUGUAUACUUGUGAUGCCAUUGAUGACAAGACAUCUUGUAAACUUCUUGUGGAAGAGCAGUCCAUAAGCAUUGUGCGGGAUCUUAGUUCAGUAGAAGUGACAGAACCAUUUGCCGCUGUCUUUGAAGUUGAAAUCAGUAUGGAACUGGUAAAACCUCCCAUAUGGACUCUGAAUGGAGUUGCUGUGCAGGAAAGUGCUGAUGUUGAACUGGAGAAAGAAGGCACUCUGCAUCGUCUCACUUUGAAAAAGACCAAAGCUUCAAUGACCGGAUCUGUGCAGUUUACAGCAGGAAAGAGCAAAUCUCAAGCCCAGCUCACAGUCAAAGAGCGUCCUCUGGAGAUAGCAGAGCCGAUCAAAAAUGUGAAGGCAAAGGAGAAAAGCUCAGCAAUACUUAGUUGCAAAUUCUCUGCUCCACCUAAAGAGGUUCAGUGGUUCAAAGAUAAGGUACCAUUGGCACCAUCAGAUAAAUAUAACAUGAAGCAAGAUGCUGCAAGGGCUCAAAUCACAAUUCAGAAGUUGACUGAGGAGGACAAUGGAGAGUACCGCUGUGUAUCUGGACCUGCUGAGACCAAAGGCACACUUACAGUUGAAGUGCGGGAAAUCAAUAUCUCCAAACACAUGGUGGACACUGAGGUUGAUGAAGAUGGCGAUGCAGUGUUCACAUGCGAGAUAAACUAUGCAGAUGAGGAGGUGCAGUGGCUUCUCAAUGACAAGGUGCUCUUCACUAAUGAAGUAAACACCAUCAGCCAUGAUGGUAAAGUUCACAAGCUCACGCUGAAGAAUUUAGCACCACAAGAUGGAGGUACUAUCAGCUUUCAAGUACGCAAGGUGAAGGAAUCUGUCACGCUUAAAGUUAAAGAAAAACGUGCGGUGUUCCUCAAGUCUCUAGAUGAUGUGGUGGGUGAGGAGAAAGGCAUGAUAACUCUAGCAUGUGAAGCCUCCAAGCCCAGAGUUUCCCCCACCUGGAAAAAGGAAGGUAAAGUCCUGAAAGCUGGACCAAAAUAUGAGCUCCUUCACACAGGCAAGUCUUUGGGACUAAUCAUAAAGGAUGUCACAAAAGAAGAUGCUGGGGAGUACAGUUGUGACCUCGGAACAGAAGUUUCUAAGGCAAAGGUUACUGUAAGAGAAAUUGGUAUUGGAAUAACAAAAUGGCUGAAGUCAGCUGAAGUAAAUGAAGGAGAGACAUGCAGCUUCGAGUGCAUCUUGUCUCGUGAGAGCACAGAUGAGUGCUCCUGGACUCUUAACGGUCAAACCAUUACAAAUGGAGGCCGCUUCAAGAUCACCAGUAAGGGACGCAAGUACAUGAUGACCAUAAAUGAUGUCACUCCUGCCGAUGCUGGAGAGGUGGUCUUCAACAUUAAAGACUUGUGCUCAAAGACAACAUUAGCAGUAGAAGGGAAGGCUUCGUCUGUGUCAAAAGGACUUCAAAAUGUUAGUGUUGUUAAAGGUGAAGACGCUGUGUUUACCUGUGAGGUAGUACAGUCUAAUUCCACUGUAAAGUGGGCGAAGGAAGGCCAAGCCAUCAAGAAAAGCCAGAAAUAUGACAUCAGUCAAGAAAAUAAGGUCAUGAAGCUGACCAUCCAUAAUGUCUCCUCUCAAGACUCUGGAGAGUAUAGUUGUGAGGUUGUUGGAGGUGCAACAACCAGAGCUAAGCUGGAAAUCAAGGAACCAAUCCAUAAAUUUACUAAAGCGCUGAAGGACAGCCAAGCAGAAGAGAAGAGCUCCGUGAUCCUGCAGUGUGAGACUGCACAAACCCCAUCCACAGUUACAUGGCUUAAAGGUCAUUCGGAGCUCAAGUCUGGAGGUCAGUAUGAGAUGUCCCAGAAAGAGGGGCUUUUAACGCUCACCAUCAAAAACCUGGAGGAAAAAGACACUGAUAUCUAUACUUGUGACGUGGGCACUGCUAAGAGUAUGGCCAAGGUGACUGUCAAAGCACUACCCCCGACUUUCACAAAGAAGCUGACAACUCUGGAGGCUGAAGAGGGAGCCAGUGUUACUCUGUGCUGUGAACUCUCUAAACCUGGAGCCUCAGUGGAAUGGAAGAAGGGGACACAGGUCCUAAAGUCUGGAGAAAAGUACCAGAUAAAGCAGAAGGAAUCAGUAAAUGAACUGCUGAUCAACAAAGUAGUGCCAGACGACAGUGGAGAAUACAGCUGUGUGUGUGGUGACCAGAAGACUACAACCAACAUCAAUAUCAAGGCCCAACCUGUGACCUUCAAACUGAAGUUGGUGAACCAGGAGGCCGAGGAAGGAGCAGGUGUCACUCUGCGCUGUGAACUCUCUAAACCUGGAGUUCCUGUGGAGUGGAAGAAGGGGACACAGGUCCUGAAAUCUGGAGAAAAAUACCAGAUGAAAGAGAAGGAAUCGGUAAAUGAACUCCUUAUCAACAAAGUGGUGCCAGAAGACAGUGGAGAAUACAGCUGUGUGUGUGGAGACCAGAAGACCACUGCUAGCAUCAAAAUCAAGGCCCAACCAGUGACCUUCAAACAGAAGUUGGCAAGCCAGGAGGCUGAAGAGGGAGCCAGUGUUACUCUAUGCUGUGAACUCUCUAAACCUGGAGUUCCUGUGGAGUGGAAGAAGGGGACACAGGUCCUGAAGUCUGGAGAAAAGUACAAGAUAAAGCAAAAGGAAACCAUUAAUGAGCUGCUGAUCAACAAAGUGGUCCCAGAAGACAGUGGAGAAUACAGUUGUGUGUGUGGAGACCAGAAGACCACAACCAACAUUAGUAUCAAGGCCCAACCAGUGACCUUCAAACAAAAGUUGGCGAGCCAGGAGGCCGAAGAGGGAGCCAGUGUUACUCUGCACUGUGAAGUCUCCAAACCUGGAGUUCCUGUGGAGUGGAAGAAGGGGACACAGGUCCUGAAGUCUGGAGAAAAAUACCUGAUGAAACAAAAGGAAGCUGUGAAUGAGCUCCUGAUCAACAAAGUGGUGCCAGAAGACAGUGGAGAGUACAGCUGUGUGUGUGGAGACCAGAAGACCACAACCAACAUCAAAAUCAAGGCCCAACCAGUGACCUUCAGACAGAAGUUGGUGAACCAGGAGGCUGAAGAGGGAGCCAGUGUUACUCUGCACUGUGAACUCUCUAAAUCUGGAGUUCCUGUGGAGUGGAGGAAGGGGACACAGGUCCUGAAAUCUGGAGAAAAGUAUCAGAUGAAACAAAAGGAAUCCAUUAACGAACUCUUGAUCAACAAAGUGAUGCCAGAAGACAGUGGAGAAUACAGCUGUGUGUGUGGAGACCAGAAGACCACAACAAGUGUCAAGAUCAAGGCUCAACCAGUGGUCUUCACAAAGAAGCUGACAAGCCAGGAGGCUGAAGAGGGAGCAAGUGUUACCCUAUGCUGUGAACUCUCCAAAACUGGAGUUCCUGUGGAGUGGAAGAAGGGGACACAGGUCCUGAAAUCUGGAGAGAAGUACCAGAUCAAGCAGAUGGGAUCAGUAAAUGAGCUCCUUAUUAACAAAGUGGUGCCGGAAGAUAGUGGAGACUACAGCUGUGUGUGUGGCGACCAGAAGUCCACAACCAACAUCAAUGUUAAGGUACUUCCAGUCAUAUUCAUUCAAGAUCUGGAGAACCAAGAAGCUGAGGAGGGAGGUAGUGUUACACUGCACUGUAAGCUUUCUAAACCUGGAAUUUCUGUCGAGUGGAAGAAAGGAACUCAAGUUUUAAGUUGUGGCGAAAAGUACCAGAUGAAACAAACAGGAUUUAAUCAUGAACUACAGAUCUUUGAUCUGAGACCUGAAGACACAGGAAAUUAUUCCUGCUGUGCAGAGGAUAAAAUAAGUUCAGCUUCUUUGGUAGUAAAUGUUGUCCCAGUUAACUUCAUCAAAGAGCUUGAAAGCCAAUCGGCUGAUGAGGGGGGCAGUGUUACCCUAAGUUGUGAGCUCUCUAAACCUGGAGUACCUUUGGAGUGGAGAAAAGGAGAACUUGGUCUUUGUCCUUGUGCCAAAUAUGAAAUUAGUCAGACUGGACUCCUUGCCACACUAAUAAUCCAUGACGUAGACCUAGAGGAUGCUGGCUGUUACGUAUGUGACUCUGGUGACCACCAGAGUAUGGCUCAAGUUGUUGUUAAGGCCCAGCCUGUUCUUUUCAAGAACCAGUUGCAGAAUCUUAAGAAAGAGGCUGGGGAAAAUGUCACUUUUCAAUGUGAGAUCACAAAGCCAGGAGCCAGCGUGGUGUGGAGAUAUGGUAACAAGGUGCUGGAAUCCAGCAGCAAGUAUCACCUGAAACAGGAAGGGACUGUAGUAAAGCUUGUCAUCUAUAAACUGCGGCAAUCUGACUCAGGAGAAUACUCAUGUGAUACAGGCAGCCAGAGGUCUACAGCUGUCCUCUCUGUGAAGGAGGCAGAAGUAAGCAUCCUGAAGUACUUGGACAGCUGUGUGGUAUAUGAGGGUGAAGAUGUCCGCUUUGAGUGUUUGGUUUCCCAUGAAGAAGCUCCUGAGACUCAGUGGAAACUUCAGGAUGUCCCAUUACAGAAUAACGAAAUGAACCUGAUUGAGACUCAGGGUCAGUUGCAUAGCCUCACCUUAAGGGGCAUCACUAAAGCUGACUCAGGAACAGUCAUUUUCACAGUGGGUAACCACACUUCCACUGCUUCUCUGACUGUCAGAGCUGCUCCUGUAACAUUCAAGAAAGGGCUGGAAACUCAAGAGGCCACAGAGGGAGGCAAGGCCACCCUGUCCUGUGAGACAUCCAACCCUGAUUGCAAUGUAACCUGGCGGAAAGGCUCGACUGUGCUCACUCAUGGGGAGAAGUACACUGUAGAGAAGAAAGCCACCACUCAAACCCUGAUCAUACACAAAAUCUGUGUUGGAGAUAGUGGAGAAUACACCUGCGAUACAGGCGAGAAGCAAAGCACUGCUUCCCUAACCGUGAAAGAGCAUGUGCGCAUCAUCCGAGAGCUCUGUGAUACGACCGUGACCACUGGCCAGGAUGCUGUCUUUGAGGUGGAGGUGUCACACCCCAAUGUGACAAAUGGCGAGUGGUGGCUCGGAGACAACCUCCUCCAAAAUAAUGAUCUGAAUCAAAUGAGCAUUCGGGGUACAGUACACCGUUUGGUCCUGAAGAUGGUUACUACAGAUGAAUCUGGAGAUGUUGCCUUCGUUGUCGGAGAAGAGAAGAGCGUGGCCUGUUUAGAGGUGGAGGAGAAACCUAAAGUGUUGAUAUUAGAGAAGCCACACAACACUGUGGCAUUAGAGGGUGAAACAGUCACUCUGGCUUGCACGAUAUCUGACGCCAAAGCCACUGUCACCUGGAUGCGAAACAAAGUGGCCAUCAAAGCAGGUCUCAAGUAUAACCUGCAGAAGAAUGGAGCAUUCCAACAGCUUCAUAUCCACAACCUGGUGCCUGAGGACUCAGGAACGUACACCUGUGACACUGGAGAUGCACAGUGUGAUGUCACCUUGACUGUAGAAGGUGCCCCAGCAUUCUUCCAGAAGGAGCUCAAGAACCAGGAAGCCAUUGAGGGCGAUGAUGUCAUCCUGCGUUGUGAACUAUCUAAGCCAAAUGUUCGUGUAGAGUGGAGGAAAGGAGGCACAGUCCUCCAGUCUGGUAAGAAGUUUGAGACGAGGCAGGAUGGGCACAUUCAGGAGCUCUUUAUAUGGAAUCUGGAUCCUGAAGACAGUGGAUACUACACCUGUGAUGCAGGAGAUCAACUCACUACAGCUUCUUUGACAGUGCAAGUGAAGGAAGUCUUCAUUAUUUCUGGUCUUACGACCACUGACGUCUUUGUUGGGGAAUGGGCUACCUUCUCCUGUCAGCUGUCUGGUCGGGCUCCUGGCAAGGUGCAGUGGUGGCUGGAUGGCACCUUGCUGGAGAACAGCCCGUUUAGUGAGAUAGGAGUGUACGAGAGCCAUAUCCACACACUCACCUUAAAGAACCUCGCCACAGAUGACUCUGGCACUGUUAUGUUUAAAGCUGGCAAUUUGACAUCAACAGCCAAACUCUUAGUCAAAGAUCCUACAGUUGAAGUGGUGAGCGACAUGGAGGACCUUCGGGUGGUUGAAAACCAACCAGCUGAGUUCAUCUGCCAGUACUCAAGGCCAGUCAAAGCUCAGUGGAAGAAAGACGGGCAGCCGUUGCAGCCUGAUGGCCAAAGGGUGGUAGUGGAGCAGGACUGGAAUGUGGCUCGCUUGUUCAUUAGCCGUGUGUUCGCUGAGGACAGGGGCACAUACUCCUGUGAGGCAGAGGGCACUUGUGUGGUUGCUUCACUUCAUGUGGAAGCCAAACCCAUCACAAUUAUCCAAGGCUUAGAAAAUAUGGAAACAUUUGAUGGAGGUGAAGCACUGUUUGAGUGUGCACUCAGUCGUCCUGAGACUAAAGAAUGUCAGUGGCUUCUGGAUGGAAAACCAGUGAAGGAGUCUCCUAAUGCUGAGGUUGUGUCAUUUGAGAGUGGACUUCGUCAUCUGCUCUUACUGAAAGAACUGCAUGUUACUGACAGUUGCACAGUGACCUUCAAAGCUGGCACUGCUUCAUCAUCUGCUCAACUCUCUGUCAAAGGUUGGCAAUUGGACAUUGUAAAGGGUCUCGAGGACAAGGUUGCUGCAAUAGGAGAGAAGGUUGAGUUUUGUGUGGAGCUGACUGAACCUGUCCCUAAGUCAGAAGUAGUUUGGUAUGCUAAUGGAGUUGAGCUGAAGCCCAGCGACCUCUGGGCUAUGAGGGCUGAGGGCAAUUCAUAUCACCUGGUCAUGAGAAAGGCGCCUCUUCUACCCCAGCAGGAAAUUACAUUUGCAGCAAGAGAUGCUCUCUCUUUGGCAAAACUCACCAUAAUCACUGUACCUGAUCCUCCUGAAGACCCAGAGGUCCUCAGUAAAACUACACAGUCUGUUACACUGUCCUGGUUCACUCCUCUGCAUGAUGGAGGAAGCCCCAUUCUAGGCUACAGGGUGGAGAUGCGGUUGGUCGACAGCGCCCUCUGGCUCCCAUGUCAUUCAGAACCUGUAUCUAACACAGAGUUUGUGGCUGAAAAUCUUAUGCCAGGUGGAGGAUACCGGUUUAGAGUGGCUGCCACCAAUAGAGCUGGGACUGGAGAGCCCGUUGAGCUACCUCAGACUGUGCAGCUUGAUGCACCUACGCAGCCACCAACUGGCCCAGGUGCAGAGACAAAACAGGUUGAGACUGAGGUAUUAGGGCAGCCCAGUCUGCCUCCAGAAGCUGCUGAAGAAGGUGAUGUCCAUGAGCUUUGGGAGCAAUUGGCCAAAAAACGUCGCAUGAGCCGAGAGCCCACUCUGGACUCCAUCUCUGAACAACCUGAGGAGGAUGGUAAAGGAAAAUCAGGAAAGAAAGAUGUAACAGCAACAGAGACAGUGGAGGUGAAAUCAGCAGAGAAACCACUGCAAACCAGCUCCGAGGAUGAGGCUGUUCCAGGGGGUCCAUCACUUGUGUCGUACCUCAAAAAGAGCAGCAAGACUUCUGUUACAGCCACUAAUGACGCAGAGGCUCUGACUGCUGACAAAUUCUUUGCACAUUUCCAGAUGACAGAGCAGAAAACAGUGCAGCAGACCGAAAUAAAAACAACAAUCAUAACUGAAACAACAGAUAAAAAACAGGCAUCUACAGAGGAGACUAACGUCAUGGAGAUCAGUAAAGAGGAUGAGCCUGAACUUAGAGAAGCUGCCAUUAAGAUUCAAGCAGCAUUCAAGGGCUACAAAGCCCGCAAGGACAUGCGUCCUGUCUUCAAAGAGGCUUUCAAAGACCAAACUAAAGAACCAAAUGGCACUAUACAUCUGGAAUGUGUGGCAGAGGGUAAACCUGAUAAGGUGCAGUGGUUGAAGGAUGGAGAACCACUCACUGAUGGCAAGCACCACCAUAUUGAUAUUUACAAUGAUGGUACCUGCUCACUAGUCAUCACUGCUGUCACCACAAAGGAUACUGGAGUUUACACUUGUGAAGUCACCAACAAGUUUGGUGUUACUUCUCACAGUGGUAAGGUGACCGUGGGAACUGUGAGAGAAUCAUCUGGGCGACGACCACUGACUGUGGGCUAUAGUGCAGACAGUGAGCCUGAGAGCUCCUCGGGCAGUGAGAUGGACGAGUCACUGAGGCAAGCAAGCAGACGAUUGCGCCGCUUGUUACGCACGCGUCUCCCUCCAGAUGUGGAGGAGGAACAAUUUGUUAGUGCAGAUGAAGGAGACCUGCGUGCCCCAGAUCCUCAUUCUUAUCGUGAGGAUGAAAACUACAUCUACAUUCGCUUUGAUUCACGAUCAGAGGCUGAGGUUGCCUCAAAGAGGUUCCAGCAGAUGUUUACCAUUCAUGGGGUUCCCGUUGAGACCACUAUCCUGGAGGCAGGGCCUCCAAAAGUAGAGCUGAGAAUUAGAAAGAUGGGCUACUCACAAGAUGGCACACAGACCCCUACACAGGACAGACAGCCUUCUGCGUUGAUGACUGGAGCUCCUGCUGCGCCAGUCUUCCUGACACAGCUACAAAGCCAGGAUGUUCCAGAUGGGUAUCCUGUGAGCUUUGACUGUGUUGUGAUUGGCAAACCCCCUCCCACUGUUCGCUGGUAUAAGGAUGGAAAAUUGCUGGAGGAGAAUGAUCAUUACAUGAUCAAUGAAGACCAAGAAGGCUGCCACCAAUUAAUCAUCACUGCUGUGCUGCCCUCAGACAUGGGUGUCUAUCGUUGCACAGCUGAGAACAGCAGUGGCAUCACAGCUACCAAGGCAGAACUCAGAGUCGACAUGUCUUGCAGCUCAGAUUACGACACUGCUGCAGACGCCACUGAGACAUCAUCUUAUAUCAGUGCCAAAGGCUACGCAUCUAGGGAAACUGAAACCUUUGAGUCUGUUGCUGAAGAUGACCAGCUGCCUCAAGUUGUGGAGGACCUUCAUGAUGUUCAUGUCAGUCCAGGUUCACCGAUCGCUAAGAUGCAGCUCAAAGUAAAGGGAUUCCCCAAGCCCAGAGUAUACUGGUUUAAGGAUGGCCUCCCUCUGCGUCCCUCAAAAAGGAUUGUGUUGCUAGCAGAGAGAGAUGUUCAUGGUGUGGAAAUCACAGAUGUGAAGAAAGAGGAUAUGGGCGAGUACUCUGCUUACAUCAGCAAUGUGGCCGGUUCUGCUUACUCCUCUGCUCGACUGAUGGUUCUAAGUCCAGGGGAGAGAAUGCCACAAGAUAAAAAAGACUCCAAAGAGCCCCUGGUGCCACCUCGGUUCCUUGAGAGGUUCAGCAAUAGGAAGGUGAAACAAGGAGCCAGCAUCACUCUGUCUGUCAAAGUAGAAGGUUCUCCCAUUCCUAUGGUUUCUUGGCUCAAGGAGGAGUCCAUGGAAGAUGUACUUUGGAUUAAGCCUGAUACCAAGGGAUACAAAAUAGCAAGCUCUGGUCGCCAGCAUAGCCUCAUCCUGAUGGAUGUUGGCACCGAAUACACUGGCACCUACACCUGCAUCGCUACAAACAGGGCAGGACAGUCUAUUUGCACUGCUCACCUUGAAGUGGACGACACACCACAACCUAAGAAAGAGACCAAGCCCACUGAGGUUCUUGGGAUUACUGUAAGUCCUCCAGAGGAAGAAGUUGGCAGAGAAAAGGAGGGUAAAAUUCCCUACCUAGGUGAAGUAGGUACAGAAGAAUUCCUCAUGAAACUCACCUCCCAGAUCACUGAAAUGGUAUCAGCAAAGAUCACUCAAGACAGCUUACAGAAUCAUGAAGUGCUCCAGUGGAUGAAAUCUUGGCCCAAAAAUACCACUUCUUUACGUGUACCUGGUGUUGACAGUGAUGAUGAAACCAAGACACCCUCUCCAUCACCUCACCAUGGACGCUCUCGUCCCCCCUCCCUCAUCGCUGACUCUUCUUCUGAAUCUGAUGAAGGGGAGGCCAGGGGAGAGAUGUUUGACAUCUAUGUGGCAACAGCUGACUACAACCCUACCAUCGCAAGCAAAGAAUCCCUUUCCCUGAAAGAGGGACAGUAUGUGGAGGUUUUGGAUUCAGCCCAUCCUCUCAAAUGGCUGGUCAGGACCAAACCCACUAAAACCACACCAUGCCGACAAGGCUGGGUCUCACCUGCCUACCUGGACAAGAAGCACAAACUCUCUGCUGAUGUUGGUGACCUUCCAGAGACAAGUGCAGAGGAGGUAUCUGAGGGAGAGUACAAGAGGAAAUUAUUCCAAAUGAUCCAGGACCUGAUAAAUAGUGAAUCUGAGUUCAUCAACGAGGUCGACUUCUUUACAUCCCAUCAUGUGAGGCAUGCAGAGAGCCCUGAUGUUCCACCUGAAGUCAGCAGCCAGAGGGGAACCAUAUUCAGGAACAUUGAUGAUAUCAAGGCCUUCCACAGCAAGGCAUUCCUUCCGAAGUUGAAUGACUGUGAAACAGAUGAUGACAUAGCCAUGUGCUUCCUGAAGAACAAGGAGGGUUUUGAGAAGUACCUCCAGUAUCUUGUGGGUCAGAGUCAGGCUGAAUCUGUCGUGAGUGAUAAGGCUGUCCACCACUUCUUCAAGGAGUACACUCAGAGUGUUCAAGCCAAUGCAGGCCCCACUGAUCCCCCUGUGCGCAGCAUCAAUGCUCAUCUCCAACAACCACUGGAGAGGAUUCAGAAGUACAAGGCAGUUCUCAAGGAGCUCAUUCGAAACAAGGCGAGGAAUGGUCAGAACUGCUGCCUGUUGGAGGAAGCAUACGCCAUGGUGUCCGCCCUCCCUCAGCGCUCUGAGAAUACCCACCAUGUCUCCAUGAUCGAGAACUACCCCGCCACCCUCGAAGUCCUGGGAGAGCCCAUCAGACAGGGUCCUUUCCAAGUCUGGGAGGGAGCUCCUGGAAUCAGGUCGUCAUCUCGAGGUCACCACCGCCACGUCUUCCUCUUUAAGAAUUACUGCAUAAUUUGCAAACCCAAGAGAGACAGCAACACUGAUACACAAGCAUACGUCUUUAAAAAUAUGAUGAAGCUGAAUAACAUUGAUGUGAACGAGACCGUGGAAGGUGAUGACCGUGCGUUUGAGAUCUGGCACGAGCGUGAAGACUCUGUGAGGAAGUACACUUUGCAGGCUCGUACUGUUACCAUCAAGAACUCAUGGCUGAGAGACCUCAGAGAACUGCAGCAGCGAUACAGCAUGCCUGCAUGGAGUCCCCCAGAUUUUGAUGAAAUCCUGGCGAACUGCACAGCUGAACUGGGGCAAACAGUUAAACUGGCCUGCAAAGCCACUGGAGUACCCAAACCUGUGGUCACCUGGUAUAAGGAUGGACGUGCAGUGGAGGCAGAUCCUCAUCACAUUAUCAUUGAGGACCCAGAUGGUUCCUGCACGCUGAUCCUAGACAACAUGACAGCUGAUGACUCUGGCCAGUACAUGUGCUUUGCCACAAGCUCAGCUGGCAAUGCUAGUACUCUUGGAAAGGUCACUGUUCAGGUGCCUCCUCGAUUUGUGAAUAAAAUGAGGAAUGCUAUUUUUGUGGCUGGUGAGGAUGCUCAGUUCACUUGUGUCAUUCAGAGUGCCCCCACCCCAAAGAUCAGGUGGUUCAAAGACGGCCGGCUGCUGACAGACCAGGAAAAGUAUCAGACCUACAGUGAGCUCCGUAGUGGAAUUUUGGUUUUGGUGAUAAAAAACCUGACAGAGAGAGACCUGGGACACUAUGAGUGUGAGUUGUCUAACCGUCUGGGCAGUGCUAAAUGUGCUGCUGAUUUAGUCCAGCCCUCCACUGUGGCUCGUACUGGGGAGCAGGCCAUCACAAUUGAAGUCACUGAGCAGGAGACUAAAAUACCAAGGAAGACCAUCAUCAUUGAGGAGACCAUAACCACAGUGGUGAAGAACCCACGCAUGAGGAGGCACAGGUCGCCUGGUCUGACCCUCGCUGGAGCCCACCGCUCUGAGACCUCCACCCCAGAACCCACCGGAGCCAGACCCAGGAGGCUGUCCACUUCAAAGAAAACCACGAUCCCCACCGUGUAUGUCACCCAAGCUGAGAGCGUGGAGGCCAGAGCCAUGGAGAGUAAACCCAGAUGGGUCGAAGUGGAGGAGGUCAUCGAAUACAAGGUGAAUAAAUCUCCCAGGCUGCCCAGGAGGAGGGGCUUCUCCCCAGCAGGUUCCGACCGUUCGGGCCCUCCCUCCAGGGUCAAAAGGUACCCGCCGGAAAACCCAAAUGCCAACAACUCCAACAACAAGCUGGUAGAGCAGGCCCAGGCUCAGCUGCAGGGAGACGUCAGCAGUCAGCCUCUGUCCUGGGGCGAACAGGAGAGUAACGCCGCCUCUGGUCCCGCCCCCGCAGACCCACACGAGCUCUCAACUAUCCUGGCCCCAGCUGCAGAGGACAGUGACCUAGAUGAUCAACAAACUGUCAUUUUUGAACCUGACGAUCAAGACAAUGAGAUCAGAAAACCAGAGCCUGUCGUGCUGAAACAAGGAGACCGCGUUCUGACCCUGGAGGAUUUGGAGGAUUACGUCCCAGAAGCAGGAGAAACCUACGGCUCCUCUAGUAACGACACCCCCACUGAGGAGAAGCCCUGUGAGAUUUCCGUGCUGCAGAGGGAGAUCGGAGGGUCUACGGUGGGACAACCCGUGCUCCUCAAUGUGGGCCGGCCCGUCGCGGCUCCUCGGCAGCGGAGCGGCUUCUUCAGUCGCUUCAGGGAGCACCUCUCCAGUAGCCUUUUCUCAUCUGGUGCCUCCCAGGCCAGCGGAGCCCAGUCCGGGACGGAGAGACACAUCCCCAUUCAAGUGAGCCACGCAAACCUGGAAGUGAAACCCUCCUACUGCUCAGAGGUGCAGAGGGUGGAGGGUGGGCAGCAGAGCUUCAAAACCAAAGUGUCAACGCAGACCUACGGCUACACGUCAGUGGGCAACCCCGUCACUCUACACAUUAGUGAUAAUAAACUUUACCAGAACCAGUAGCCUUGGAAAAACAGGAACAUAAGCAUCAGAAUUUGGUUCUUCAACCCACUCAGUCUUAAAUGGGGACAGUUCUUCUCUCACGGUAAAAAAAAAACCCCAAACAUAUCGUAGCCUGAUUUGAACAAACCAUUCCAUGUUGAAGCUAUCCACCAGAAAACAGGCCCCUUUUCAAGUCUUUUUCUUGUCACAUGGUUAGCGUCAGAUGGCUUCUUUAUACUCGUGUUUCAAAGAUGAAAGAGGAGUUGGCAAAAACAGUUGUAAUCAUGUCAUUAUUAACAGUUUUCUGUCACGCUGAUCUACAACAGCCCUGUGGUUUAUUGAAGUUGUAGAUCAGAUGGGGUUUGACAGAAAUCGAUGACUUCCAUUCAUGGCUGAAUUAUUGUAAGCACACAUUUUAUUUAUAGAUACCAUCGUAAACUCAUGAACCUUGACCCUCGAAUGUUAACUGAUCCAGGUACUAUCAUUAUUGAUACUUUAUACAUAGCAAAUAGUUCUAUAUGUAGGUAUAAUACAUUUUUGGUUUGUACUUUUGCAGAAAUACUGCCUUUUACACUUGUGCAGUGCCAUGGAUUCCUGGAGCAGCUAAUGUCAGGGUUAAUGUAACUAAGGGCACUGAACAUAAUCUAUUACCAACACUGAUCACACCAGAGUGACAGAACUCUGAGGACUUUAAGUGUUAUCAGAAGUGUCAAACAUUUUAGCCAGUUCAUCGAAAUCCACGGUUCACCACUGUCAUAGUGGGUCGUCUGUGGUUUCAGGUCACAUAAACCUGACAUAGAAGUGAAACAUGUUACAAACAUUAAUUGUGAAUUGAAUGUUAUUCACUGUUAAAGCUUUUUGUGUCUGUUGAUACAAUGACCUGUGGCCUCAUGACUUUCUUCAUAUGUAAGUGAUAGAUAUUUAGUGAGUGCCUGCAUGUAUUUGCAUUUUUAAAGCAGAUGUGUUUUAUUCAAAGUAACCCGAUCGAUUAUUAUAUUAUUAUUUAAGGCAGAUGUUUGUGCAAAGUACUUGAGCUCACAUACUGUACUACCGUAACCAUGCAAUAUAUAAAGGUGACUAUGAUAAUGUGUGGUGUUUUGUUGUUUAAUGGUCUGUUAGUCCGUUUAAAGGCACUGUCAUGUAUUUCAUCAUUAAAGCACUAAAAGAUAGUGGUUGCUUCUACUGUACAUGUGUAGUUUUUGGAAAAACAUGUUUGACUACUGUUAUGUCUCUAUUAAAUAAAUAUGCAAAUACUGACUGCCGUCUUAAGUUCUUCACCACAACAAACUCGAGCCUCUAUUAAGCAAGAAACAAGUGUUUCGUCUGGAUGUUUAAUGGACUUAAGAAAUAUACAUAAUGAGAUACAGUAUUUCAACAAGCAUGUUAUUAUAGGAGCUGGUUAAUGUUUAACUGGCAAAUAAUAGGACUGCAUGCACCUCAAUGAAUUUGAUGUCAAAUUUGCACGAUUGCUUGGCAUUUUACAUAAACAGUUAUAACAGGAAAUUAAUUCUGCACAAAGGAAUGAGUAUUUGGGAAUUGUGUUAGUUACACUUAAAUUAAAUUGCUCUUUAUGAAUAAAAACACCAAUUUUUAGAUGGGUUAGAAAUGCUUUCUCAGUUUCAAGUCCAAGGAGAUUUAAUGUGCUUCACUGUAUGCUAU